AUGACAAAGUACCAAUCUCCAUAUGGGUACUUCACAAAACGCCACUACUACAGAAUCUAUGCCGCGCCGCCGCAUCCACCAGUUUCUGUGCAACCAGUAGCCGCAAGCCCUUCAGCGCGACGGCCCCCAAGGGGCGGCGGCCGCCGAGACCGCGCAGCCACGCGCGCAGGCCGCCGCCCAGGACUGCCCCCAUUUGGUUCGCCCUGCGGCAGAGAGCGCUUCUCAAGUCCCCCGGCCCUACGGGCAAAACACGAGGUCCGUGUCAUACGCACAGUGGUUGUGCUCUCGAUCUCACCACUGCAUGUUCAGUAA